AUGAGCACGGGGGCAUGCAUGCCAACGAGGAGACAUGGCGAGGGGGCACUUAAAGAGGCCGGAAUCCAGGUGGUGUCUCAUAAAACCUAUACCAGGACUGCCAUCUCCCAUACAUUCACAGAUCAAACCAGCGCGGCCCCUAGCUCUACUGUCGACAAGCCUAUUGUCCCAACAGCCCACACCCCUUUCUUAUCAGUGAAGAUGCCAUCCGACAAGCUAGUCGAUAACACGACCUCGAUUCUAGUCAACAUCAAACGGCUGGAUGACAAUGACCCGGGCUUGGAGCAAAAGGCAAUCCGCCAGGAAAUAGUCCAGGCCGCGAGGGCCAUCAUCAAUGAGGUUUCUGAUCCAGUUGACUACCUCAAGUCGGAGUGGGUCAAUAUGGCGGAUAUGGCUUCGUGGAACGUCUUCAUGGAUUGGAAAGCGUUUGACAAGAUCCCUCUCACGGGAAGCAUCUCCCUGAAGGAUCUGGCAGAGAGUGUCGGCGCAGAGGAGAGUCUCAUCGUCCGAAUCGCCUCCCUACUGGUCGCGACGGGCAAGCUCACGCAGCCCAAGCCCGGCCACGUCGGCCACGGGCGCUUCUCGCCGCUCUACCGCUCCGACAGCAAGGGGUACCCGCAGGCGUGGGUCGCGGGCGCCAUGGGCAUGCGCCCGUACGCGCUGUGGCCCAGCUACUUCGCCGAGUACGGCCGCGGCGAGCCGCAGGGGCGGACGCACACGCCCGCGUCCUUCGCCUGGGGCCGCCCGGAGCUGCCCAUCUGGGACAUCAUCGGCGCCAACCCCGAGCACAAGGCCGUGUUCGGCGCCGCCAUGAAGGCCAUGAGCUUCCUCAGCAACGCCGACGUCGUCGGCGACAAGGCACUGUACAGCCUGGACUGGAUCGCCGAGGAGGCCGCCGAGGGGCCCGCCGUCGCCGCUGCCGGGGAGCAGCCACCGCCGCCGCCGCCGCUGCUGGUGGAUGUGGGGGGCGGGCUGGGGCAGAUGCUCAAAAUGGUACUAACUGCGUUUCCGUCCAUCCCACCUGCGAGGCUCGUCCUUCAGGAUCGCGAGGAGGUCAUCGAGGAGGCCAGACGGAUCGCCGAUCCUGUGCUUCAGGGUGUCGUCCACAUGCCUCAUGACUUUCAUCAGCCGCAGCCUGUCCAGGGCGCGCUCGUCUACGUCCUCCGCCGCGUUCUCAACGACUGGCCCGACAAGACCGUCACCACCAUACUCUCGCACCUGGCCAAGGCGCUGCCGGACGACACGAGCGCCAGGGUGCUGAUCGUCGAGCCCAAGAAGAUCAGCCCGCCAAAGGCGCUCAACGCCAUCGUGGACCUGGUCAUGCUCAAUAUCGGCGGGAAGCUGCGGGACAGGGAGUCGCUUGACCCGCUGGUGACCGCGGCUGGGAUGAAGAUUGUUGGUUACUAUGAGGACGAGGAGUCUCAUGCUGUCGAGUGCGCAAAGGCCUGAAUUAUAUGAAGUACGCAGAAGGCAAGCAAUAUAUUUACUUGAG